CACAUAUCCUGCGCAUACUUAGAUCAUGUUCAUAUAAAUAAACUAAACCAAACCUCGAAGUAUAUUUUGGAAUAUUUCAAUGGAACAUUAACAAUGCAUAUAUCAGCAGUUCCUAGUGAUAAUAAAGGAUUGAAAGAAUUGUACUUGCAAGUUCCAGCUGAGCAGAAGCCUGAAGUACUAGAAAACAUUACACCACCUCCAAGCUACGACGAUUGUGCACACAAAUGUCUACUACAAAUAAAGCAUGAAAGGAUAGAGAAAAUCAGCAUCAAACAAAUUAAACCUACAAAGUGCAAAAUUCAUGAUGACAUUCCAAUCCAACCAUCAGUGUUCAACAGAAAUAGUUCAUUUCAUGAAAAACUUGAGAUUACUAAUAAGGAAGGACAGGAUUCAACCAAUAAGAACGACGAAAGGUGCGUUCUGGAAAAAUACGUUUCUUGUAGAUGGAGAGUUGCCUUUCUUGCCCUCUCAGGUCUUAUCUUACAAAUAGCACACAGAAACUGUAUCAGUGUAGCAAUAGUCUGUAUGACAAAAGAAGUUGUGAUGAACGUCACCAUAAAUGGGACAGUUUCAAGCAAAAUAUAUAAAGAAUAUAAUUGGACAUCAGAAAUGGAAGGGGUCAUCUUGUCUUCCUAUUUUUAUGGACAAAUUAUCUCACCAUUGAUAUCCGGGGUGCUAUGUCGCCAUUAUGGUGUGCGAGGGCCAAUGACUGUAUACGUUUUCUUGUCAUCGUGUCUGCUUAUUUCAACGCCUUUUGUUGCACAGUACGGAGCAUGGAGCGUGAUUAUAAUCAGGAGUGCCCAGGGGUUUUUUGGGUCAGGUUGCCUGCCUAUGUAUUCACAUUUAUGGUCUCGUUGGGCUCCGAAACAAGAACGAAGCCAGCUUAUUUCGUUUACAUUUUCUGGAUUGGACAUUGGUGUCAUCGUUGCUUUUACAAUUUCUGGAUGGCUUUGUACAUUAUCGAAUGAACAUGGAUGGCCUCUGAUAUUUUAUGUUUUUGGUGCUAUUUCAAUAUUGUGGUGUGUAGUUUGGCUAUUCUUUUUCACUGACUUGCCAGAGGAAAAUUCCUUUAUUUCAAAGCAAGAAGUGAAAUACAUAGUUUCAGAGCGUUCAUCUGCAGUUAGUAAGCAUGUAUCGACUCCAUGGUUUAAAAUCUUUACUUCUGGUCCAGUAUUUGCCAUGAUUAUGGGAAUGUUUACAGUGGCAUGGGGAAUGACGGUUGUGUUUUCUUUCCUGCCAAAAUAUAUGAAUGAUGUUCUGAAAUACGACAUUAAGCAGAAUGGAUUCUUUUCUUCCCUACCGUUCCUAGGAAGAGCGUUUUCAAUUAUCCUUGUUGGAAGAUUAACAGAUUAUCUGUUAAACAGAAAUUUUUUAAAACAGACAACAAUGAGAAAAAUUAACCAGUGUGGUGCUGGAGUUCUGGGAGCAGCUAUGAUAAUACCCGUCAGUUUUUUAUCUGAAGGGGAUAGCUUUUCAGCGGUUAUGUUAAUAACAUUUUCCUCGAUGGCUUUGGGAGGGACUAUGUCCGGUUCGUAUGCAAAUAUCUUGGAAAUAUUCCCUAGUCAUGUAUCUACAAUUUCUGGUGUAGCCUUUGCAAUGAAUGGAGUAGGACAGAUUACUGCUCCUAUUAUUAUCGGACAGAUGAUAAAAAAGGGAAGCAGAGAAGAAUGGAUAUAUGUUUUUAUUUCAAUCGGUGUUGUCUAUAUUAUUGGUGCUAUAAUUUAUGCCUUACUUGGAAACGCUAAUUCAUGUGAAGAAAUUGACGUCAAAAUAACAGUAUCACAAGAAGAAAAUAUCGAUACUUGCAAUUCAGGUGUACAGACAAUUUCCGGAAAAUGUACAUCAUUAUCACCGUCGAAUAAACAGAUAGUAUAUUCUAUUUCGGAAUGUCCUGUUGUUUACAGGACGAAAAACUCUUACACUUACACUCUUUGAUUUUUAUUCCUUUGUUUUAAAUCUUAUUUAUUUAUUUAAUUUAUAUUUCAUGUUGAAUAUAUACUCUAUGAAUAAAUCUAAACAAUAGUUAA